GGGGAGCCGGGCGCGGGGAGCUCCGCGGGGAAGGUUGCAGCAGAGGUCGCCCCGGCUUAGGACCGCAUUUUUGGGGGCGGGCUCCCCGAAGGGCGGGGAGUGCAGGAGACGGGCUGGGACUCCGGGCAGCCGUGAUCCCAGUAACCCAGGAGCUCCCGUAGGACGGGGUGUCCGGCCCUUCACGCCCUGGCCCAGUUGGCCUGCCGGGAGCGGAGUCCCAGCUGCUGUCCACCUCCCACUCCCACCGCGGCCUCUUGCCUCCGGCCAUGGCACCCCUGCUCAUCCUGUUCCUGGUGGCCCUGGCGGGACUACCUCUGGCCCAGGCUCUGGACUGCCACGUGUGUUCUUACAACGGAGAGAACUGCUUCAACCCGCUGCGCUGCCCAGACAUGGUGGCCUACUGCAUGACUACGCGCACCUACUACACCCCGACCAGGCUGAAGGUGAGCAAGUCCUGCGUGCCCACCUGCUUCGAGACCGUGUACGACGGCUACUCCAAGCAUGCGUCCACCACCUCUUGCUGCCAAUACGACCUCUGCAACGGUGCUGGCCUGGCCGCCCCCAGGGCCCUGGCCCUGGCCCCCAUGCUCCUGGCCGCCCUCUGGGGGCUGCUCUGAAGCCCUUCCCCCUCCCAAGGACAAAGCACAGCCCUGCCCUCUCUCUCUGCACACCCUACGGGCCCUCUGCUACCCCCCCUGCAGCCCCUCAGCCACACCCAGGACGGUCCUGCUCCCAGGUAUUCCCUGUCAGAGGCUGCUGGGCAGCCACUGGCUGGGUGGAAGAGGGCGGAGGAGCUUGGCCCCUCCUCGGACCAAAGAUGGGGAUCUUUGGUCCUUGCAGUCGCUGAUUUGAAGGGCAUCUGCCCAGCCUGCCUGCCUCUGGAGGGCAGGCGAGAAGGUGGGGCCUUGGGAGGGCAGGGCAGGCCUGGGAGGGAGGGCUGUCCCCUUCCCACCCCAGGGUGCCUGGGUGUCUCUGACUGUUGUCGGGUCGUGGACAUGGAGGGGCACAGCAGCAGGCUCGGUCCCUGUCACCUGUGCCCGGAGGACGCCGGUCCAGCCUGCCCCUGGAGGGAGGCCCCACGGCCGCCCAGGCCCCAGGAGCUGGUUGGGUGCAGCGGGUGAUGCCUUCUGCCCAGCCAAGCCCUGGCCUGGCCGCUGGCCAGGGCCUGCAGGGCAGCCGCUCUGUUUCUGCAUUGGGCCUGCGGAGCACUGACCGCAGGCUAUUUUGGGCCAGGGGGGAGGAGCAGGGCCCUGCCCAUCAGGCUGGGCAGGAUGGCCUGGCAGCCUGGCACCCCGGGAGCGCACUGCCUGUGGAUGGGGGUGGGGAGGGCAGUUGCAGCCCACCAGUCAGCCCACCACUGUGGGGUGAAGCAGGGCGCCCCCUCCUGGCGGUGGGGGCUGGCCAAGGGAG